AUGACAAGGGCAGCUACCUCAACACAGGAACCCGCGGUGACACGGGUGUCACAAACACUGGUGUCAGAUGAAAUGUGGACUUUAGGAAGGAAGAGGAACCAAGUGGAAUUCGUCCCGGCCGAGCAGGAUAUUCUGCAAGUCGCAGAAUCAAAUAAUCCUCCAGCCAGUCCCUCUCACAGGUACAGCCGACAGAACCAGGCUUCUCUUCACCUUAUCAGUCCAGAAAGAAUCAGCAAGACUGAAUGUGGAAGCACUUCAUGUCAGCGUGACUCUGUGAAGGCUUUGAAAUCAGGACCUGAAGUUAAUGAACAAGACACUCAGAAGAAGGUUCAAGGUCUUUAUGAGGACACAUGCACACUCAAGAGAGAAAGACCACAACAUCCAGCUAAAGUGCCAAUGAAGCCGGUAUUAAAUAUCCAGCAUUUCACACUCAACCAUGAACCUUAUUCAGAUUCACUCAGAGCCCCAAUAGUAUCCAGUUUGUCAUCUGACAAAAAAGAUGAUCUCCAAUUGGACUCUAAAAAUAGCCAUCUUAAACCCAAGGAGCAAGAGGACAUAAAGACGACAAACGUGGUCCAUGGCAGCACAACACCAGAUACCACAGCUCUAAAUGUACAGAACAAUCAGAGACUGCACAGUGUGCUGACGCUGAACAACAACCACAAUAUCUGUGACCAGGAUGCCGGGGGGCAAUGGAAGUCAUCUCUUUCAUACUCCAAAACCGAUAAAACCAAUGAGUUUCCUGAACAAAAAUCUCAGGCGUGUACAAAUGAGACGGUCACAGACAAUCCACUUAUUGAAAACUUAAUUCUGGAAGCGGUAAGUGUGGAAAUAAGAAAGGCUGAGGAUAGUCCGUCUUGUGAUGUCAGUCUGUCUGAGAUAGAUGAGAAGUCAGAGGCAAUUUCGUUUCAUAGUGAAGCACUCGCUUGGUCUGAAGAAGAAAAGGAUUAUCUCGAUGAGGAGAAGAUUGAAGCAGCUCAAGCAAGUAGUUGCUCUUUAGUUUUUGCCGAAAAGUACACUGUGGUACCAGAUGAUUUGAACAAUAAACAGGAAGAACGCUGUACACCGCCACGUUAUGAAAGACAAGCGACUGUAGAGUCGACCCUGUCAGAAAUUCUCUCUCCUGUAGAUGAGGUUUUGUCUUACGGAAGUGCAGAACUCCCUCCAUCCGUUAAAGGAGGAGCCGCAUCAGGUCUUGACAGCUACGGUUGUCCUCCUCCUCCUCCUGCCUUUGAAAUUAUUACAUGGACCAGUGAGGAGGAACUUCCAGCUCCACCUGAUUCUGUGGAAGAUCUCUCAAUUAACAGUGAGAACCUCCCUCCUCUCCCUGUGGACUUCUCUCUGAAAAGAAAAGAGUCUCAAAGUCUAGACUCUAACAAUCUGAGGGAAAAGGAGGUAAACGAUGAUACUAAUGGAGCUCUGUGUGAGGACGCAGAGGAAAAUGACUGUUCGGAGUACACUAGCUCACUUCCUGAAGAUGUGAGCAAUGAAAUCUCAGAUACAUUGUCCUCAUUUCCAAUUGGAGACAGAGUUCUUGUGUGUAACUCCAGGCCGGGUGUGCUGAAAUAUAAAGGUCUCGUGGCGUUUGCGAAUGGGUUUUGGGCUGGUGUUGCUUUGGAUGCCCCUAACGGAAACCACGAUGGAACUUUUAGAGGUGUGAAGUACUUUAGUUGCGACAAAAGCCACGGUGUCCUGGUCAGAGCUGAGGACAUUGCACACAUACAAAGAGAACAUAGCAGUGAUGUAGAGACGGGGGUGGAUGAAGAUCCCUUCUCAGAUGAGGAGCCACCUAGGACAGAGAGAGAUAAACAACAGAAGGCCACAUCAUUGGCAGAUGGACGAAGAGGACAUAGUCAGUGUCCUACUAGAGAUGAGACCAUACCUUCAAAUACUACACACGCACGACAAAAAAAUGAACCUCAGGAAGACACGUCAGAUGGAGCAAGAAACCUUUCACAUCCCUCUGAAAUGCCCUCACCAAGAGUAAGCAACACCAAGCACUUAAAGGAAUAG